CUUGUCGUGCACCUGACACCACGAUGGAUGACUAUCCGAUGUAUGGGUUGCUUGUUGGGUUCUCCCUCUGAGGGACCCUCUGGCGUCUCCUCUUCCCUCUGGGUUGGCCCACUCUCACGUGUAGAGUAGACACCCGGGGUGGUGCCUCCACCAAGCCAUAUACGAAAGAGGAGGAGGAGACGAUGGCCGCCAUUCUGAGAGAGAGGAAGGAGAAGAAGGAGGCCAAGAAGAAGGCCUUAAUGGAGGAGCAGGCGGCCAAGUUGAAGAAAAUUGAGGAGGAGGCGGCCAGGGAGAAAGAGAGAAUAAAGAAAGAAGAAGAGGAGAAGCUGAAAGAGGUGGAAGAGGAAGAGGAGGAAAAUGAAACGCCACUGCAAAGGAAGAGGGGGCAGUACAAUGGCAGCAAAGAUGAUGAGAUGGAAAAACGGAUUUCAGAGUGGGUCGCCCACUUAUCCCUGGGCGAAGAAGAAGAAGCGGUGAUGUAUAUUCCCAAGGAUGAGCAAGAAGCCGCUAUGAAAAAGUGGGACGCAAAAGAAGAUGUUCUGAAGCGGCAGGCGCUGGAAGAUGAGAAAAGGAUGGAGUGGCAACUCACAGUGAUGAGGGAGAAGAAGAGGAGAGUGGACGCGGCAGCAGAUGUGGCGGAAGAAUUGGAGGAGGUAAAAAAGAUAGAAGAGCAAUUAGCCGCCCAGGCCGAACUCCCAAAGAAAAUGGAGGUUAUAGCCCGAAACGUUGCACGCUUAGCGCGAAUUCAGGCAGAGCAGUAUGACUUCAGUAGGAGUCAGCAUAUAGCUGUGCGUUCAAUACGAUUGGGAUUUCGGGACUUUGCUCGUGAGUUGGUGGGAGCUGUAGGAACCGAGGUGGGUCAUCGCCUCGACAAGACUGAGCGGUUUUGUGUUGGCGCCAUUGAAGGCGUCAAGGCGGCAGCUCCCAAGGAGGAGGAAGCACGUCCUCGCCGGGAGCCGGUCAAAGUCAAAUUCCCUGAUUCCUACAGUGGAAAACGGGAAGAAAACUUUGACAAUUGGGAGGCCAAUGUCAAGACCUAUGUGCAUCUGCAACAGGUCUCCCCGGAUCAGCAUGUUCUAAUUGCGAUCCACGCGCUUAGAGAUGAGGCCGCCAGCUUCGCAAGGUCCCUAGUUCGUGUUGCCAACUGCAAUGAUGAUGCAGUUGCGUACUCGUCGUUCACUCCCCUCAUCGAUUUACUGAAGUUGCUGCGCGAGCGAUUUGCUGAUAUCGCUCGUAGUGUUAAAGCCUCAGACAGGCUGCAGACGAUCCACUCUCGUCAGUGGAAGAGUGCCAGGGCACUCAAGAGCACAAUGGAUGAAUUAGUGGCUGUACCUGACCACCGGGUCACCGACACCCAAUUGGUUGCCCUCUUCCAUCGGGCUAUGCCCGAAGCCUUUCGAGGGCACUUCUUCUCGAAGAGCGAAGACCCUGCCACCACUUACGAUUCCCUUAGCCGUGAGGUGGUAGCCUUCGAGGCAAAGUCCGUGUCAGUUUCCACCUUCUGGCACAAGGACUUGGACAAUGGCAAGAAGUGGAAAGGCCGCACUAUCUCUGGGCAAGUGAAGACUAAGGACAGUCUUGUCCUAACUUUAAAUGAGGGUAGUGUGGAUGAGAUCCCCUACGAUCAGAUUGAGUGGGGGUUAGAGGAGGAGGACAGCGGUGUGGGCCAGGGGAGGACUUACGCUGCUGUCGCGGCUGGAGGGAGGCCGCAAGGAGGAGGACGAGGCCAGGGCGAAGGGGGCCGGGCCUCAGGGAGCCGGUUUCAGGGCGAUCAGGGGGUUGGCGGCAGAGGAGGAAAACGCCAAGCGGGAGGAAGGGGUCAAGGUCCCCCGCAAAACCGUCCUAGGAACAGCAAGACCCUCGAAGAGCAUCAGGGUCAUCUCUGGCAGUUCUUGGAGAAGCUGAGGGAAGCUAACUUCAAGAUCAACGCAAAGAAGUGCGAAUGGGCAAAGACCCAAGUUUUGUAUUUAGGCCAUGUCUUAGGCGGAGAUGGCAUCAAGCCCGAAGACAACAAGAUUGCAGCAAUUAGAGAUUGGCCGACACCGCGUAUGUUGACAGAGUUGCGGUCGUUCUUAGGCCUAGCAAACUACUAUAGGAAGUUCGUGAGGAACUUCUCCACCAUCGCUGCGCCCCUUCGCAGAUUGCUCAAGAAGGAGACCAUCCGGAAGUGGGAUAAGGACUGCACGUCUGCUAUGAAGAAGUUGAAACAGGCGUUGAUAGAAUAUCCAGUCCUUAAAGUAGCCGACCCGUCCUUGCCCUUUGUCGUCACUACGGACGCUAGUCAGUACGGCAUAGGAGCUGUGUUGCAGCAAGACGAUGGCCAUGGUUAUAGGCCCGUAGAGUUCAUGUCCGCUAGAAUGCCUUCAGAGAAGGUCGCGACAUCUACCUAUGAGAGGGAACUCUACGCUCUCAGGCAAGCCUUAGAACACUGGAAGCACUACUUGCUUGGGAGGCACUUCAAAGUCUAUUCCGAUCAUGAGACAUUGAGAUGGUUAAAGACACAGGCCAAGAUGACACCUAAGCUUACUAGGUAGGCCGCAGAGAUAGAUCAGUAUGACUUUGAGCUCAAGCCGGUCAAG